CCGCCUUCCUUCCGCUCUCUUCUCUUCUCCCAUCACCACCUCCCCCGUCCACGGCUCCACCUCCGCGCUCACGCCUCCGGACCUCCAUUACCUGUUUCCUCCCUCCCGACCAAACUUGAGAUCUCGCAGAGCCACCAGCGGGCCCAUCCACGCGGCGCUCGCGCGUGCUUGGAGCGAAGCGGAAGUAACCCGACCUCGCCGAGCCGGCAGGGCCAGAUUCGCCGCGUGCCCAGUGCUCAGGCGGAGCUUAGAUCUGCGAGAUCCCGCCCACCGUUCCCACUCCCUCCGAGGUGAGCGCAGGGAAUCAUUACAUGUCACCGCUAUAGAGGGAUAUCUCUAUCUGUCUCGUCGGUACUGUCUGUGGCACUGCUGGUCCUGGUUGUUUUGAGAAGAUGCAGAGGAAUGGGGUGCUGGAAUGCAGCGUCUGUCACUCCAAGGUGGUGGCAGGCACCCCCAGGAGCAUCUCGAGGGCAUAUGACAAGCAUCACAGCAAGAUAUCGUCCAAACAACGCGUGCUCACCUAUCUUCUUGUGUCCGGGGACUGCAUAUUGGUCGGCCUCCAGCCUAUCCUAGUCUUUAUGUGCAAGGUUGAUGGAAAGUUUCAGUUCAGUCCCAUCAGCGUUAACUUUUUGACAGAAGUUACAAAAGUUUUCUUUGCUAUCAUAAUGCUAAUAAUCCAGUCUAGGAAACAGAAGGUUGGGGAGAAGCCACUCCUGUCACUCUCGACCUUUGUACAGGCAGCCCGUAACAACGUACUCUUAGCUAUUCCCGCUUUACUAUAUGCUAUCAACAACUACCUAAAGUUUAUCAUGCAGUUAUACUUCAAUCCUGCGACUGUGAAGAUGCUAAGCAACUUGAAGGUACUUGUCAUAGCUGUCCUACUGAAAUUUAUAAUGAGAAGGAAAUUCUCUAUUAUUCAGUGGGAAGCCCUUGGUCUGUUGCUUAUUGGGAUCAGUGUAAAUCAGCUACGCUCAAUACCUGAGGGGGCCAAAACUUUUGGUCUUCCAGUCACCACAAUUGCAUACAUAUACACACUAAUUUUUGUUACUGUCCCAUCAUUUGCCUCUGUCUACAAUGAAUAUGCCUUAAAAAGCCAAUUCGACACAAGCAUCUAUCUUCAGAAUGUUUUUCUGUAUGGCUAUGGUGCAAUUUUUAACUUCCUUGGCAUCCUCGGGACUGUCAUAUUUCAAGGGCCGGAGAGUUUUGAUAUCCUUCGAGGGCAUUCAAGGGCCACAUUUUUUCUCAUAUGUAACAAUGCCGCCCAAGGAAUUCUCUCUUCAUUCUUCUUUAAGUAUGCAGACACAAUUUUGAAGAAGUACUCAUCAACAGUGGCCACUAUUUUUACUGGUCUAGCUUCUGCUGCAUUUUUGGGGCAUACCUUGACCAUUAACUUUCUCCUAGGCAUCUCAAUAGUGUUUAUUUCAAUGCAUCAGUUUUUCUCUCCACUAGCCAAAGUCAAAGAUGACAAACCAGCUGGAACCUUAGAGUUGGGAGAUGCACAGAAACACAGGUCAUCUGAUUCUUCCUUUGUAAAUAUGACUGCUGGUGCAGCUGGUGAUGCAAGCCACCUUAGCGCGAUUGAUGAUAGAAAACCAUUGUUGCCAACUUAACAUUACAUUUGAGGUAGGUAUAGAAGAAAUUCUUUUUGCCGUGAACCACAAAUUUCAUGUAGCAUGGUAGAUUAAACCAAACGCUCUUGUAAACUGUAAUAGCAAAAGAAAUAUUUAUACGGAAAAGGCCAUCUUAUUCUUUUUCCUUUUUCCCCUUCAACUUUCUUGGGGCAACAGAUCCCGGGUGGGCUUUUACUUAUUCCACACAGAUUGGUAAGAUACGGCAAUUCUCGUUUGCCUUGGGGCUUGGGCAAAACUGAUGUACUAUACAUUUUGUUCUCGUUUGCAUUGGGCAAAACUGAUGUACUCCACAUUUUGGCAUAUGAGCUCCUAUACACCUAUGGUGGUGCUUUUGUUCGUCCGCA